GUUAUUUUAUCAUUUUUUAUAUUUAGUAAAAAAUAUUGCACAAAAUUGAUAAUAAUUUCUUACACGUUAAUAAUUGUGGCAUGCGGUAACGUGCAGUUCUAACACGAACUAAACUAAGAAUACCAAUAUUAUAUCAAAAGAAGAAAUUUUAUUGGUUGAUAAUUGCAACCUGGUUUUUUCAAAGUGCAUACUCCUUGGCAAAAUCGCAAAAUGCCUAUUAAUACUCGUGAACUGAUGGAGGCCGUGGGUGUGCUGACGGAUCGGGAAAACGUGCGGGUCGCGGUACGGAGUAGCGCCAAAGGUGCUGCAAUUUGUGGUGCUACCUGCUUUGUUGGUGGCCUUCUGGCCGGUCCCGUUGGUCUGGCCGUGGGCGGUACGCUUGGAGCGGUCGGUGCCGGUAUGAUGAGUCGCGGCAAAUUCCGUCCAGUUAGCGAAAUUAUUCUAGUGGAAAUGAGCGAUCGGGAACGGGAGCGGCUCAAGGGUCACAUAGUGGCUGCCUUGGCGGAGUUCCAUCCCACCGAUAUGGCAGUGCUACUGCCGCUAAUGAUGGGCAGUGUUGGUGCCCAGCAGGCCAUACUAAGGACGGUUGUUUCGUUCAUCACGAACGAGAUGCGCAUGCAAAUUGUUGACUGACAUCGUUCAAAUGGUGGAUUAACGCAAAGGUGCACGAGGCUUAGGGUGCUUUUAGGGGACACCUACAACGAACUGAAAUCGUUAUAUACAAUGACACUAAAAUAAAUUAAGAUGAAUGUAUUUCAUAACCAUGAAAUAAAAUUGCACUAUGGGUUUUAUAAAAUGAAAAAAA